AUGGAAAAGGUAGCGACGGAGUAUUUUCAAAACUUAUUUACAUCUUCCCAACCAUGGGAUUUCGAAGACGCACUCCAUUAUGUACCAACUCAAGUCACUGCCAAUAUAAACCAACCCUUAACAAAGUUCCCUACCACGGAGGAGAUCCAGCAGGCUAUAAAGGAGAUUAAUCCCGACAAAGCUUUCGGUCCUGACGGUGAUUACCAUUUGGGGCUAACAGAUAAUGAAUGUGAUUAUAGACUCUUCUGGUGGCCGCCAUACGGGGAAAAUACGCCGAGUUUCUAUCACCAUCCUUUAGCCAUGCGAUCCUCGACUUUUGGCGCAGAAAAGUUUCCUUUCGCUAGGAUCACCCAUUUUUUCUGUGCCUCAUGGUCUUGA